AUGGACUUUUGGUCGCGCCUCCUAGCGGGCACUUCGCUCUCACCUGCGGCUAACCGUAAGGACGAUGCAAAGAACCCCACGAAACGUCUGCAUCGUUUCGACAAGGAGUACAAUCGCAUCCUGCAAAUAUGGAGGUCGUCUUCUAAUCUCGCCAACGACGUCGACGCCGCAGAGACCCUCGAGAUCCGUCUACAAGAGCUCACGAACAUCCUGAACGACGAGUCCCGACGGCCUCUCCCCCAUCCCUGCAUCCAGUAUGCUGCGAAGAAACAGGUCUAUGUGCCGAUUGGCAAAAUAGCCACCACAUCCUACAACGAGUGGAUCAUCAAGGAAGCCGUGUUGUUCUUUGCAACCCUGCUUGAGACGGAGGAAGAGGCUUUUGUCGAAAAUGCCACCUUCUCUGCUAGCCUGACGAACCUGCUGGUUCGAAUCACUGGCGUCAAUAGUGUCCGCCUAGGAUCAGAUACUGAGGCCAAGGUCGUCGAGCUGGCUUUUAACAUCACCACCAAGAUCCGUCUUAAUCGAGAUAUCCUUCAUGCCUGGUUUAAGAGCAACUAUGAGGGGGCGGCACCUAAAGACAAGACCCAGGACGAGCACGACUCGUUCGCUGGCCGGACCCAGAGACAGGACUUCCCUCUGUUCUACAUUUUGAUGGAUUACAUCCACCAUGAGGGCAAGGUUGGAGAUUUUGCCAGGACGGGUUUGCUGUAUAUCAUCGAGUCGGCUUCCAGCGACGAGUCUCUAGAACAAUGGAUCGUCGAGAGCGACCUGUCUACCUUGAUGGCAACCGGCCUGGGAGCACUUUACAGCCAGCUGAGCCGCAAGCUCGUCAUUGACUAUCCCACCAACGAUCUUCCUCCCAUUCUCGCUCUAUCCGACUACCAACACCCAACAUCUACCUUCGAAAUUAUCAGUUCCUGCUCCUCCGAUUUUCAACUCCACCUCGAGACCUUCCUCUCCCAUCUCCUCUUCUGGCAGGACGUGCUGGAUCACUGCAAGUCGGUCGAGGUGAAACAGACCCUCUUAGAGCACUUCCAAGUCAUUUUCUUGCAGCAACUUUUAUACCCCUCGCUGCUGGAGUCGUCUGAUAUCGACGGAGGCUCGUCCGUUGCCGUCCUGACUUAUUUACGCCGCAUCCUAGAAUCUCUGGACCACCCUGACAUGAUUAACCUGAUUCUCCAUUACCUCCUUGGUUUGCCCGACCACGUCUCGUCGGGCGCACCAAGCGGGCGAGCUUCCAUUAGUGCGGCUCGUAAGCGCAAAUCCAUGGAUCUUGCCACGAUGCUAGCUCAGACGAAAUCCGAUAUUACUGCCACGCCGCUCCUCUUCAACCUCGUUGAUCUCAUUCAAGCAUGCUUGCGUUCGCACAAUCAGCAAACCAUUCGUGUUACGCUACAGCUUGUUUCGGCUAUCCUUAGGAGGCACCAUCGCUAUGCUGUCAGCACACUUCUGCGAACUGAGGCGGUGCUGGGAGAUAAAAUGCACCGUACGGUUGGUGCGCAUGAGCAGGAGGUUGACUACCUCAUGAGUUUGGCCGGAUCCAUCGGCGGCCAGGACAACUUCGAUGAGGUCUAUGAGAACGUUUUGAAAGACACAAUGAGCCGGCUCGAGAGCCAUCCCUGCUCGUUGAAGCUCGUGGCACCCAGAAUUUCCACCAACAACCAUGACCUACCCGCUGUUCCUGAUACACUCCCUGGGGCGCCACGCGACGUGCACGAGCACACGCUCCGCCCGGAUGAUCCUAUGCUCAACACGGUGCUGGAUCUUCUUGAGACGUUUUUCAUGAACCCCGUAGAUACAAACCUCUCGCUCACUGAAUCCAUCUUGGACUUGGCCAUUUGUGGCUACAUGACGAUCGAGGGCUGGAUGCUGCGGAAUCCACAAAAGUACACCUAUGAUGACCAGCCGCCCAGCCCAACCUCUCCUGACGCAUCUACAACAUCAUUCAGGCCCCCGACAGACCCCGACUCCACCACGUCAUCGGAAAAGCAAACUCUUGAGGCCUUGGAUGGCUGCCGUCGUCGCCCUAUUUGGGCCCAGUCGUCUCUGCCCCGUAUACUUGUUGUGCUCCAACAAUUAUGCAACCAGGUUGCCGCAUAUCGCGAAACGGUCCCACGCUUUGAAGACCUGCUGCAAAGCCGGAGGGAAGCAUUCCAAACUGCCGAUAACCCGCGCCAGCCGCCGCCUCUUCCGCCCCGCAAGCCGACUCCUCAGAGACACAGUUCAGCGCAUACCCCAGAACGCCCGAGUCUAGAUGAGGCAACCCGCAGUGGAUCACCAGCCCGCCCAUCGGGUCUGGAACGCUUCGCUCAACGACUGGUCUCGGAGCUCAGCACCCCUAGCCGGACAGGGAGCCCAAGAGGAAGGAAAAAUAGCCGAGGUUCUAGGUCGAACAGCCCGGCACCGACUGGGCUGUCUGGAGGAUAUGGCUUAUCUACACCUACAACCCGCCCCAUCCCCCCGCCAAAGGAUACGCCUUACGAUAACGCCCCUAGAAGUGUGAUUGACGAUAGUGGUUCGUCGCAUGGACCAAGGGACCCUGUUGCCAGCCAAGCCGCUGCCUUUGCAGCCAUUGAUCAAAGCAUUCUUGCACGUAAAAUCGGCAUUCCUGGAAAGGUUGAGCCUAUACCCUUGGACCUUGGGAAGAAGAAGCCGACUCUCCAUAUGCCCCCUCCCAAAGAUGAAGAGGAGGAGGAGGAGGAGGAGGAGGAGGGAGAGCCAGCUGAUGGUCAAGAUGGCAAACAGGAAGAACAACAAGGAGAGCAACCGGAGCCAAGCAAUGAUGAUACCCCCGAAACGAAGCAACCAGAAGAGAAGAAACCAGAACGUACGGCAUCGGUAUCGCAUGUACUGACGAACAUCAUUGUGCUCCAAUCAUUCUUGUUUGAGCUUGCUGCCCUGAUCCAAGUGCGUGCAGGACUCUUCAACGAGGUUCGCUACGCUUGA